UGAAUGUCAGUCGAGCUUACCAUACUCCAAAACUAUGUUUGGGAGCAAUGGACUGAGGAAGAUUUUUGUGAUUGGGGUUAUAGCUCUUGUGCUUUUAUUCAUAAUAAUCGCUAACAUUUUGUGGAGUAAGAGUAGUGUUGAUUCUUUCUGGCAUGUUGGCCCUUCAAGGUCUUUGGUGCACUGGGAUGAUCACAACAGCACAGGAGUUUUCAUAUGGCCAGCCCCCAAAAACGUCUCCAAGGGAUCGAUUUCCAUGAGACUGUCCACAAAGUUUGCCAUAACUCCUCCCAGAACUUUAAAAGUCUUGCAAGCAGGGAUUGAUCGCUACACGGUAUUGAUUCUCAAGCAGAGAAAGCUAAGGAUUCCAGCGAAAAAGAAUCCACCAGAUUUUGUUUUGGACGAACUUCGUAUCGAGCUCAAGUCAUUCAACCAAAGCCUCUAUCUUGGUGUAGAUGAAUCGUACCGCCUCCAAGUCCCCGACCCUUCAAAUUCAAGGGUAGUAUUGCUCCAGGCAAGAACUGUCUAUGGGGCCCUACGAGGACUCGAGACUUUUAGCCAGAUUUGCACUUACGAUGCUGUCGAAAGAGCUGUGCUUUUGCAAGGCUGCCCAUGGAACAUUUUUGACGAGCCUAGAUUUUCAUAUCGAGGCCUUUUGAUUGAUACUGCUCGGCACUACUUGCCAUUAAAGACGAUAGAGAAUGUGAUCGACUCCAUGGCCUACGCGAAGCUUAAUGUCUUGCACUGGCAUGUUGUCGACGAGGAGUCCUUCCCUUUGGAGAUUCCAUCGUUUCCAGAGCUUUGGAAAGGCUCCUACUCUAUCUCUCAGCGCUACAACCUUGAUGAUGCAAAAGCGAUAGUCAAGUAUGCUCGAUUGCGAGGUAUACAUGUCAUGCCAGAGAUUGAUGUCCCAGGCCACGCUCGCUCAUGGGGAGUUGGAUAUCCUGAGCUAUGGCCCUCUGAAAACUGCAAAACACCUCUGGACAUCAGUAAGAAUUUCACUUUUGAGGUGAUAGAUGGCAUUUUUUCCGAUCUCUCAAAGGUGUUUCCAUUUGAGCUGCUUCAUAUAGGAGGAGACGAAGUUAACACUAGAUGCUGGGAAAUCACACAACCUGUAAAUGACUGGCUGAGAAAGCACAAUUUAACACCUUCACUGGGCUACGAGUUUUUUGUGCUUGAAGUGCAAAAACUGGCCUUGAAGCAUGGAUACCUUCCUGUCAACUGGCAAGAACCAUUUGAAAAAUUUGGACCAAGUUUGUCAAGGAAAACGAUUGUUCACAACUGGUGGGGCACUCAAAUUCCUCCCAACACUGUCAGCUCGGGUCUCAAGAGUAUAGUUAGCGAGCAAUUUUCAUGGUACCUGGAUCACAUUGAUAUACCAUGGCAGGAGUUUUAUUCAAAGGAACCAUAUGAUAACAUUUCCAGCCACAAAGAACAGCAGUUGAUUAUUGGAGGUGAGGUUUGUAUGUGGGGUGAGAAAGUUGAUGCAGCCAAUAUCCAACAAAGAAUAUGGCCAAGGGCGGCAGCGGCGGCAGAGAGGCUUUGGAGCCCAUUUACUGUCACAGAUUUGGGUCCCAAAAAUGCUGCUCCUAGGCUUGAAUUUUUCAGAAUCCUGCUGAAUGAAAGAGGAAUAGCUGCUUCUCCAGUGAAAUCAAAAGAAGAAGGCUCGUCCAAGCCUCCAGAUUCUCCACACUCAACACUAUGAAUAUCUGUUCAAACAAUCAAUUUUGAUUAAAUGACUGGAUAAUCAUUCAUGAGUGA